AUGACAGAAAAAAACUGUAAGAUAUUUGAUAUAAAUAAAAAUCCACAAAAAAGUGUGAACUCUAUACCAGUGAUGGACAUGUCGAAGGUGUGGCUUUUGCUCUCCGAGAGCCUCUCGACUUUAGAGGCCGAGAACAAUUUAGUAAUUGAAAUGCGAGAGGCGGCACUCCAAUCUGAUUUGAGUGGUUUUGGAAAGUGUCGCGUCAUACUGUGUCGGAUCAUAACUUUAGUUGAGAAGGAAAGUGAAUCGAUCAUAUACAAUCCAUCAAUUAGUACUAUAAUUUCUAUCCUCCAAACCAUUAAAUCAACUAUAACUCCACAGAACACAAGUGAGAUGGUUAAAUUAACUGAAAAAACACUAAACAUCAAAAAAGAAAAAGAGAAAUUUUACACUUGGAUUUUGGCUUCGCUCGUUAUGCUUUUACAAAAUCUUGUCAAUCUGAGAGGCGAGUCAUUUUGGGCCGAAUUCCAGUUGUUUAAAAAGUGCGUGGAAUAUGGGAUUUAUGUGACAUCACUUUUUACAGACACUACAGAAAAUGAACCAAGUAAAAAUUUAUUCCACACACUUCUCAAAAAUAUAACGGAAGACGAAAACAUCAAUGUGAACGAAACCAAACGAUUAAUUGACAACUCGAGAUCUUAUUUACGCGUAACGGUUGAAGAGUUAAGGCGAGAAUUUGACAUAGAAAAAACAGUUGUGAAUAGCAGUGACGUCUUUCAGAUAUUAUGCGGAAGAGGUCUUCCAAUAUCAAGGAACGAAAUCAAGGAAGAUUCCAUGAAACAAUGGAUCACCAAACUGUGGUGGUGUACUAAUAACCUCAUCAACAACACGGUGGUACUGCAAUUUAUGAACGAGUCAAAUAACACCAAAUUCGCAAAAACCACAGAGAUUGUUUUGCCAUUUUUAAACAAAGUUGAAUCCAUUUGUAUGGAGAUGGUGUCGUUUGAAAGGGGGGUACAACCCACACUUGGGUUUAAAGAAGGAAUUUCGAAGAUUUUGAAAUGCUCAGAUAAGAUUAAAAUAUGUUUUAAUGAGAUGAAAAAAUCGUUUAAAAAAAUUGAAAUGGAAAUAUUCAAAAAGUCAUUUUCAAACUUUAUUAUAUCACUUCAUUUAAUCAAUAACUAUGUUGUUAAAACAAAGGUUGAUCAAAUAACCGAACGCUGUGAAGAUUUGGUUAGAUUCCGGAAGAAAGCAUUGGAGUUUUUUAAUGUGCUUUCGAGACUUGAUGGAGUAGAUCCGCUUUAUUUAUACCAAAUAUUAGGAGAUAUGCUCAAAGCUUUUUUUGAAAUGUCUAGUAAAGAAGUGUUAUCAAAAGUAGUUCAAGAGUUCAACAAAAGCAUUUCUAAAAUAUUUGAACUCUCCCCUCUCUUUAUUCCAAUUUUCUCAUUUGAAUUAUCAGUACAAAAAUACGUUUUUCAACAUAACGUGACUUAUGUAUUAGUAGAGUGUCAACAAUACAUGAAAUAUUUGUCGUCGUUUUUGAGAAACAGUAAAGAGGGAGGUAUUUACUUAAGUUACGAACAAGAUCAACUCAGACUCUUCAUUACAAAUUCGUUUUUGAAAAAAAAGUUGAGUGUUUUUCCUUGUUUGUCAGCGAAAGUGGAAGAAUUUCUCAAUUCAAUCAAAACUCAACAAUUUCAAAGCACGGGUGAGAUGGCGGAGUUUAUAUACGAAAAACAAAGCGAAUUUUGCAAGUAUUUUACUCCACAAGCCGACUUUUUAGUCAACUGUAUGGACAAAUUAAAAAUGAAAAUAUCAACAUCGUCGACACCAAGCGGAGUUCAUGACUUUUUGGACAUUUCAGAAAAAGCAAUUAUUAUUGAUAAAAUGUUGGACUGCUAUAUUUUGUGCCAUCAGCUCGACAUUUUGAACAAACACCGUGCCGCUUUCCAAAAAUGUGUCUCAGUGUUAGACGAACAACUCAAAACAUCGGGAAUGAUGCUUAAAGUGUUAAAGGAGACAGUAGUUGAUUUGAGAAAGGAACUAAACACGUUAUACAACUUUUUCAUUUCGGUUGUUUCUGCGUCGUCGAGUUCUCCGAAGUCCGAAGAAACUUCUUCCGACAAAAGCCAGAACCUUGGUUACACUUACAACGAAGAGAGAGUGAUUUCACGUGAAUAUGUCGAGAAGAUAACGGACGUUCUUUAUUUCAUUCAAAAUUACCGUAAAAAUGGACAGAAAAUCUUAAACCCCGAGUUGCAAAAACUUGCAAAUGACUUGAUUGUUAAAAUCGAAAGGAUAUUUCUUGCUUUUUUUCAAGUCGCCAAUUUCAAGACGAAACAAGAACUUGUCCACUCGUUGGAGUGUAUCAAACAGAAUUACUACUUUGUGAACACCCUCUCACAACAAACCAAAUGUGUUAUUAUUUCCAUGAAAAUGAAGAACUCGUUCAAAAGGUUCAUUUCGGCGGUGGCAGACAUUUUUUAUUUGUCAGCCAAAAAGAAGUUCGAGUGGGUUGUCAGUGUUAUUAAAGAUAUUGUAAAAGAAAAUGACAACAAUUCACGGCAAUUUUACAUUGAAAAUAUGGAAGAUGUUUUGAUUUAUAUGAGAAUCGUCGUUCAAAUAUUUGAGUUGUACGAACCUAACAGAGUCACGAUGAAAAUCGUGAAUUUUUUUGAAUCAUCGAAAUUAGUGAAAGUGAAGACAAAGCCAGUUGACUUCUCCUUUCUGUUCUCGUUUGAUUUUGCUGAUAUAGAGUUGCCAAAAAAUACGCACGACUCUUGCAUGUUUGAAGGAAUUAUUGACCAGAAAUAUCUCGAAAUGGUAUUGGAAAUGUAUUGUAUUGAUAUUGGACUUGAGUGGUAUUCGAGCUGUGGUGGGAUAGAACCGUACUCCACUUUGGUGUUUAUUUAUAACACAGCAAUGGCAAAGUUGAGGGAAGAACUUCCAGCUGUGUUGAAAGACCCUGACGAGUAUUCAAGGGUGUUAAAAUUGUUUGAAGCUGUCGAUAAGACACCCAACGACAAAGAUACAGUUAAGCGCAUGAUGGUCGCGUUAUUAGUUGCUUCAAAGGAAUAUUUUAAAGGAAAAAUACUGAACUUGCCCAUACAAACAUAUAUAUACAAAAUUUAUUUAAGGUUCAAGAAAGGAGAUAUUGACGAGAACCUUUUCUCUGAUUUCAUUGUUGCCAUGAAAUACUUUAUAGUUGUUUUAAAACAGCAAUACAUGUGCAAAUACUCGACAAUCAUUCAAAGAUUCAAUUACCUUUCAAUAUCCACUUUUUUUAAUGAGAUGUUUGAAUUGGUGAACUUUAUGUUUUCCGAACAAAUAAUCGAUGAGUGUUGGUGUCAAACACUUAAACUUUUCAUGUUAGUCUUGGUGGGUGUAGGUUCCCAGAAAAUAGAAAAUGUUAUAUUGCCGCUCGUCUUUUUUUAUCGGAAAUGCACUGCACCUGGUUGUUUGCUGAAUAGAGUCGUCCAACAAAUUGUACUUAUUAUAACCAAUUUGGUUGAUGUUGAAAUGAAGUUGAGUGUUAACCUCACCUUCAAUGGUUUAUUUGAAUAUGCUUACAGUUUCACUGAGAGGUUCACGACAACAGAGAAAUAUUCAAUUAUCGCAAAACUCGAAGAGACGGACGAAAAUUCACUUGAAAAUGUAUUUAACAAUUUCUACAUUUUUCAGGAAUUAAUAAUGGACGAAAUGAUGCAAAAUAACAAGAAGAAACUGUUUGGAAAAUUUGAUGAAUUAUUAGAAAUCACGCAUUAUGAGUUGCUGAAUUUGUUGCAAUACGAAGGUGAUGUGAAAAGAAUACCAAUUAAAGAACUUCUCACAAAGUAUUUUCAGUAUGUUUCUGCAAAAGUCAAACUGCUCUCCUUCGUACUUUCGGAGUUUGAGUUUACAUCUGUUGAAUCUGUUGUUCAAGUCAUCGACGAGGUGAAACCGGAAAUUUCCACAUUUCAAAAUUCAACACUUGAGCUGUACCUCCCGUCAUUGCACAAACUUUCAGACGAAAAUGCCGAAGCCAGCAGUGAAACGAUACGACAAAUCAUAUCUUUGGUGUUUUCGAUUGUUUUUCAGCCUUUGGGGUGUGCCACUUUGUUUGCAAUUCGAUUAAGAAGAAGUUUGAACCUUCUCAAAAUGAUGGAUGGCGAUGAAAAGAAGGCAUCUGUCCACAGGAAUUUACUUCAUUCAAUUCAAACGUCAUUGUUUGAAAUCAAAAACUGUUUGGAGAUAUCAUGCUUUGUUAUUGACACAACAAUGAAACGGCGUUUUCUUGAUGAAUUUUCUUGUUUAUACGCAAAGUUGACAAAAGAAAAUCGCAUUUUUUCAAACAAAGCAGUCAAAAACAUUUUAAGUUGUUUAGUCGAUUUGGUUUUCGACUUUGUCUCGAGUGACUUCUUUACGGGUUUAGAAAUGCUCAUUGUGUGCCACAAAGCGCUUAUGGUUGACCAACAAACUGCGCUCAAACAGGCUUACAGACUCAAGCUUUUGUGGUGUGAAUUUGAGCCGUGUGCUGUUUUGUAUGAUGGCAUGCAAAUACCAUCUCUCAAAAACUUUACGUUUUACACGAAAAGUACUGAAUUGGAAAUACUCAAUUUAAUCGAGAGAAUACUCAACAACGACAUAUCGUGUUAUGAGUCGUUCAAUCACAUCAACUCGGUUAUUCACUGUUUCUUCAAAAUCCACAACUUUGUCGAUCGACACAUUCGAAUUGCGUUUGAGUAUUACAACAACAAAGAGGUCAUAGACAUUGCUCAGAAAGAUUUUGACCUGAUUGGGAGUUUAUUUGCGAACCGAGGAAUUGAAAGAGAGUUUGUUGAUGAAAGCGAAGACUUUGAAUUUGUUCUCAAACGAUUUGUCCGGUCCAUAUCAAAGACGGUGACGCGAGACUCUUUCGAAUCCAUCAAACGAGAGUACUUGUCGUUCAAGAACAUUUACAUAUUCUCUGUGUUGGACUUGGUUGCGAAUUUCAACUUCUUUGGGCUCUACAAUUCUAUGCAUAAAAAGACUGUCGCAAAUCGCAUUGACGGCAUUUGUCUACUCUUUGACGCUCUUGAAAAAACAAAAGAGACACUUGUUAAACACGCAAUGCAAUCACCGGAGCCAAAUCUUCCCAAUCUGUGCUUGAGAGUGAUUGAAACGUUAUUCUCUCGCAUGAGCUAUUUCAUUCACAAACUCUGUGAUUAUGAAAAUGUUGAUUUCAGACAAGAAGAAGAAGUAUUAAAAAAAUUAUUAACAGUCCUGUCCUCCUCCACACAAGUCAUCGAGCAUUUCACAGUAUACAGAAAUGUAAUGGACGUUCACAUGGACCAAAGUGUUCGUUUAGCGUUCAACGCGGAGUCUGCGGCUGUAAUCAACGCGCCGACAACAUUUUAUAGUCUUGGACAGUUAAUUGUUGGGGGAGUAUCUAAAGGCGUGUUGUUUAAAGCAACCACUGUCUUGGCCACAGUCACUCGAAGCAAAACGAUUUGGAACUUUUCGAAGAAAUUUGGGGUCAACGAAAUGUUUUCUUUAUUUGUCGAUUAUUCUCCGUUGUCGUCGAGUAAAAUUGGGAUGGUCAAGAGCAUCAUUACAACGUCUCUGAAUGAACUUGAGAAAAAGCAAUACCUCUUUUCUGUGGAGAAAAAUAACGAAUUUGUGGUUGAAAAAAUGCGAUGUUUUUUGGUUGCAGCAUCAUUUGAUUUGUUCAAUGGCAACAAUAAACACUGCUUUAUGUGUUUGAAUCGAAUUUCAGUUUGCAUUAUUGGAUUUGUCGCACUACUUCAACACACAUUUGAGAACUUUGAAAUAACACUGGACGACGCCAUCGAUUUACACAAAAAGGCGUUAUUGGUGAUGGACGAGGACGACGAGUUGGCGGGGUUCCUUAUUGAGAAAUUCCACAUGAUAUUAAACCGAAUCAGCGAAGUAUUAAUUCCGAAGAGAGAUAUAGUAUCGAGUAAAAAUGAGGUAACCGUUGUUGUUGACCGAUCACUUGUCGAAUUACAUGAAGACAUUGAAAUGCUCUUGUUUGAUAUUAUGAGCAAAACAGAAACUAUCGCAGGUUUUGCGUAUUCCCAAUUUGUCGAUUUCACGUUUGAAACGAAUGCAGCGCUGGGGAUGUUGAUCGUCCGCCUCACAAACUCGUUUUACUUAACACAGUUUCAAACCCAACAAGACUCAUUAACAUUGACCAAAUUGCCAAUUUCACGGCUGCUUGACAGUUUGGGGAAAUUUUCUAACACACCACUCAUCAAAUUCAUGAAGGAGAAUAUUUCAAUAUCAGAAUUGUAUGAAAACACGGCAAUCCCAAUUUGUUUUUAUUCGGACACGUGUCUCUUGUUCUCAUUUUUUGUCGAAGAGGGUGGAAACAGCGACGAGAACACGUCACCUCUUGUGAUCAACUUGAGUCGAGAACUCCAGAGGUUCAGUAAAGAACUGCAACAAAACAAAAACCUUCAAACGUUCAAACGAAAAGAUGCUUUAAAUUUAGUCGAAGAGAUUUUAACAAUCAUCGGCACGUUCCCAGAAAACGUUCGACUUCUUUCCAACAAAAUUAAAAUGUGUUUCUCCAAUGUUGUCAGCUAUGUCGAGCGCAUUCAAACAACACAAAAGAGUGACAACUCCGAGUUCAAAAUCCUCCUAAAAAUCAUCAAAUUUGGGAUCAAAACGUUUUCAGACGAAUGCACCGCAUCAACAGCAAUCAAUGACUGGUGCGAAAAUGAUAUCCUUAUCAUUUGCUGCUAUCUUCAAAUCAUUGUCACUAACACACUUGCAGCAAUAUCAAGCAUCGACUCCAACAAGCACAUGCCUUACAAGUAUAGCUUGUAG